GUUACGUGCAGGAAGAGGGAGCCUCCAUCUUAGGCGCUCGACGCGUCGCGGCGGCGGCGGGAUGGCGGCUGAUAGCCGGGAGGAGAAAGGUGAGUUAAAUUUGUUCACGGAAGGAUCCAACAUACCCCAGAGUCAACAAAAGAUGAGUUACAGGAGAGCCCAGUUGGGAGUGUCUGUAAUGAAAAGGACCCAUUUGGAUCUUCCCCCUUCAGCAGUGAUGAACUAUGGUGAACUGAACGUUCUGGAUGACAUUUUGACUGAUGCUCCUGACCAAGAUGAUGAGUUGUAUAACCCCGACAGCGAACAAGAUAAAAGUGAAAAAAAGGGAUCAAAAAGAAAAACUGACAGGAUGGAAAAUGCUGAAAGCAAGAGACAAAAACCUUCUGUACAUUCAUCAAGGCAGAUGAUGCCAAAGCCUCCUAGUUCGUCAGUUAGCAAUAACAAGAGAAUAGUGAGUACGAAAGGAAAACCAGUAUCAGAGUACAAGAAUGAGGAGUAUCAGAGGUCUGAUAGAAACAAGCGCCCAGACGGUGAUCGAAAGACGCGCAUGUCAAGCAGUUCCAGGGAACCUUAUAAAGGACAACCAGAAAAAACUUGCAUGCGGAAGAGGGAUAUUGACAGAAGGGCGAAGUCUUCUACACCAGAUGGUUCAGAGAGAAUCAGGCAUGAUGUGGAUAGAAGGCCAAGCAGAUCCAGCCAUUCUUCUAAAGAAGAGGUGAACUCUGAGGAAUAUUGUUCCGAUCACGAGACUGGCAGUAGUGGUUCCUCUGAACAAGGCAAUACAGAGAAUGAGGAGGAAGGAAUGGAAGAAGAGGAAGAUGAUGAAGGGGAGGAGGAUGAAGAGGUGGAAGAAGAUGGGGAGGAGGAUGAAGAAGAGUAUGAACAGGAUGAGAGAGAUCAGAAGGAAGGAAAUGACUAUGACACACGAAGUGAAGCCAGCGAUUCCGAUUCUGAAUCCGCCUCUUUCACAGAUGGGUCAGUCAGAUCUGGGACUGGUUCAGAUGCAUCAGAUGAGAAAAAGAAGGAGAGGAAGAGAGCUAGAGGUAUCUCUCCGAUUGUUUUUGACAGAAGUGGAAGUUCUGCAUCAGAAUCGUAUGCAGGUUCAGAAAAGAAGCAUGAGAAAUUAUCAUCUUCCGUUCGUGCUGUCCAAAAAGACCAAACAAGUAAACUUAAAUACAUUCUCCAAGAUGCAAGAUUCUUUCUCAUCAAGAGUAAUAACCAUGAAAACGUAUCACUUGCUAAAGCAAAGGGAGUAUGGUCGACACUUCCAGUGAAUGAAAAGAAGCUUAAUGCUGCAUUUAGAUCAGCAAGGAGUGUUAUUUUGAUAUUUUCUGUAAGAGAGAGUGGCAAAUUCCAAGGAUUUGCAAGACUGUCUUCAGAGUCCCAUCAUGGAGGAUCACCUAUACACUGGGUGCUGCCUGCGGGAAUGAAUGCAAAAAUGUUGGGAGGUGUCUUUAAAAUUGACUGGAUUUGCAGGCGUGAAUUGCCGUUCACUAAGUCUGCUCACCUGACCAAUCCUUGGAACGAGCAUAAGCCAGUAAAGAUUGGACGUGAUGGACAGGAAAUUGAGCCGGAAUGUGGAACGCAACUUUGUCUUCUCUUCCCUCCUGAUGAAAGUAUUGACUUGUAUCAAGUCAUUCAUAAAAUGAGGCACAAGAGAAGAAUGCACUCACAACCGCGAUCAAGAGGACGCCCAUCCCGUCGAGACCCCGUUCGGGACGUGGGAAGGCGUCGACCAGAAGAUUAUGAUAUUCAUAACAGCAGAAAGAAACCAAGGAUUGACUAUCCCCCUGAGUUUCACCAAAGACCAGGGUAUAUAAAGGAUCCCAGAUAUCCCGAAGUAGACAGACGAUUUUCAGGAGUUCGACGAGAUGUAUUUUUAAAUGGGUCCUACAAUGAUUACGUGAGGGAAUUCCACAACAUGGGACCACCACCACCAUGGCAAGGAAUGCCACCGUAUCCAGGUAUGGAGCAGCCACCACACCACCCUUACUAUCAGCACCACGCACCUCCACCUCAAGCUCACCCUCCAUACUCAGGACAUCAUCCUGUACCACAUGAAGCAAGAUACAGAGACAAACGAGUACACGACUACGACAUGAGAGUAGAUGACUUUCUUCGCCGCACACAAGCAGUUGUCAGCGGUCGGAGAAGCAGGCCUCGGGAAAGGGACCGAGAGCGGGAACGGGACCGUCCUAGAGAUAAUAGAAGAGACAGAGAACGUGACAGAGGCCGUGAUCGGGAAAGGGAGAGAGAGAGGAUUUGUGACCGGGACAGAGACAGAGGUGAAAGAGUUUCACAUGGUUCAGUGGGAGAAUGCUGCUAUCAAGUAUGCAAAUAUUGAAGUAUGAUUUUUUUUGACUGUAUGGCAGUGUUGUAGCAGCCUUUUUUUUUUCUUCCCUCUGCCCUUGUUUUUUAACCCUAUCUGUAAAGUCAAGUGUUUUUUCAGUCUUCAGUAAUGAAAGCAAUAUUAAGAAGACACUAUUGAUUUCUAAUUUUUAACCUUUUUUAAAAAUCUUCCCGUGUUCAGUAACAUUUUGGUCAAUACUCUUGUCUAGUCUCCCUCCAAAAUGUACACAUUGCUUGGAAUGUUCACAACUUGCGUGUGUGGAACCAGAAAAUAUUGCUGUAUUCUACAUUGCUACCAUUUUUUUUUACAAAAAUAAAUUGGUAACUAUUGAAA